CUUCCCCUGAUUCCAGGCAACGAAUUUGGAGAAAACGCUGUGAGACUCCAGGGGUUCAUGUACUGGAAAAAUGAAGUUUUGGCCCCUCUUUCAGAGGGAAAUAAGAUUCUGUCCGAAGGGAUUCCCACCAAGCAGGUGAUCUCUCCCGAGCACCAGAGUACACCGGGAGCCUCGCGCUGCAGUGUGGACUCUACACACACGCCAAUGUCUCAGUCGGACAGAGAGUCCCAGCGGUCCAACAUGGAGCGGGAAGACACUCGCUCGUCUCCGAGCACGCCGUCCACCCCCUCAGUGUGCUCGCCGACCUCUACCGCCAGCUCUGUGCCGUCCACCGGGAAGAACAUGUGCGCCAGCUGCGGUCUGGAGAUAAUUGACAGAUACUUGCUGAAGGUGAACAACCUGAUCUGGCACGUGCGCUGUCUGGAGUGCUCGGUGUGCAGGACGUCGCUACGUCAGCACAGCAGCUGCUACAUCAAAAACAAAGAGAUCUUCUGUAAAAUGGAUUAUUUCAGUAGGUUUGGUACUAAGUGUGCCCGCUGUGGGCGGCAGAUAUACGCCAGCGACUGGGUGCGCCGUGCAAGGGGAAACGCAUACCACUUGGCAUGUUUUGCGUGCUACUCCUGUAAGAGGCAGCUGUCCACGGGAGAGGAGUUUGGCUUGGUGGAGGAGAAGGUCCUUUGUAGGAUCCACUACGACACCAUGGUGGAGAACCUCAAACGAGCGGCCGAGAGUGGCAACGGCAUCACAUUAGAGGGAGCUGUUCCAACAGAACAAGACAGUCAGCCCAAACCGGCCAAAAGGGCACGGACAUCCUUCACUGCAGAACAGCUACAGAUCAUGCAGGCUCAGUUUGCCCAAGACAACAAUCCUGAUGCCCAGACGCUACAGAAACUAGCUGACAUGACUGGCCUCAGCAGGAGAGUUAUACAGGUGUGGUUUCAAAACUGCAGAGCAAGACACAAAAAGCACACGCCCCAGCACAGUGGGGCUCCCCAAGGUCAUCCCCAGGCCAGGAUACCCUCGUCCCUGCCUGAUGAGCUGCAUUACUCCCCCUUUGGCAGUCCUGAGCGGGCGCGCAUGGUGGCCCUUCAUGGGUACAUCGACAGUCAUCCCUUCUCCGUCCUGACCUCUCAGAGUCUCCCUCAUCAGGCCAUGUCGCUGCCCCAGCUCCCCCUCAGCCGCUAGCGCUCCACCAUAACCCU